GGCCAUGAACCCCAUCCAGCGGCCUGAGAUGUACAUCAUCGGGGCGCAGCCCGUGUGCAGCCAGCUGCCGGGGCUGUCCCCCGGGCAGCGCAAGCUCUGCCAGCUCUACCAGGAGCACAUGGUGUUCAUCGGCGAGGGCGCCCGCAGCGCCAUCAAGGAGUGCCAGUACCAGUUUCGGCAGCGCAGGUGGAACUGCAGCACGGUGGACAACACCUCCGUCUUCGGCCGCGUCAUGAAAAUAGGGAGCCGCGAGACCGCCUUCACGUACGCCGUGAGCGCCGCCGGCGUGGUGAACGCCAUCAGCCGCGCGUGCCGCGAGGGAGAGCUCUCCAGCUGCGGCUGCAGCCGCACGGCCCGCCCCAAGGACUUGCCUCGCGACUGGCUCUGGGGCGGCUGCGGCGAUAACGUGGAGUACGGCUAUCGCUUCGCCAAGGAGUUCGUGGACGCCAAGGAGAGGGAGAAGAACUACGUGAGAGGGUCGGAGGAGCAGGCUCGCAUGCUGAUGAACUUGCAGAACAACGAGGCUGGUCGCAGGGCCGUGUACAAGCUGGCGGACGUGGCCUGCAAGUGCCACGGCGUGUCGGGCUCCUGCAGCCUCAAGACGUGCUGGCUGCAGCUGGCCGACUUCCGCAAGGUGGGCGACCUGCUCAAGGAGAAGUACGACAGCGCCGCCGCCAUGAGGAUCAGCCGCAAGGGCAAGCUGGAGCUGGUCAACAACCGCUUCAACAUGCCCACGCAGGAGGACCUGGUCUACGUUGACCCGAGCCCGGACUAUUGCCUGCGCAACGAGACCACGGGCUCGCUGGGCACCCAGGGCCGGCUGUGCAACAAGACCUCGGAGGGCAUGGAUGGAUGUGAGCUGAUGUGCUGCGGCCGGGGCUACGACCAGUUCAAGAGCGUCCAGGUGGAGCGUUGCCACUGCAAGUUCCACUGGUGCUGUUACGUCAAGUGUAAAAAGUGCACAGAGAUCGUUGACCAGUACGUCUGUAAAUGAGAAGAGCCACCAAAGCGACAAAUCUAUAUUAUAUAAAUCUAUAUAAAUAUAUUUUAUAUUUGUAUAAAUAAACAGAUGAUGAUAAUAAUUAAAGAAGCUUAUUUAAGAGACAUUCUGGUUUUGAAGUUUCCCCCCAUCAGACUGCCUGGUUUG